AAUCCAAAAUGUGAAAGUCAGAAGUGUUAAAAUUGCAAUUUAACCUAAAUCAUAAAUGUAUAAUUGUGAGUUAUGAGGUCGAAAAUCGCAAAAUCCCCAAUCCAAAAUUUAUUUCUAGGUCAGUAAUUGAAUUGGAGAAACUGCGGCAAUUCUUCCUUUGUUUGUUCUCCUUCUCCUCCUCUUCGCUUUCACCUUCUAUUGUCUUCAUCCGUAUCAAUUCAUACUACCUACCUCCAUACUCCUCUUCCCAUUGUUGAAGGAACCUACAAUCUGCUCUGUGUCUUCGAGCAGCUAUGAAAGGAUUCCAAAUCAACAACACCACCCUAACUCUCGCUCUUUUCACAGACGUCACCAAUUCCAAGGAACUUCUUGAUUCUAUGCAAGCUGGAACUUUGGAGCCGGAAGUUGCAUUUCUCAAUGCUUCACUUAUUCCAGAUGUUUUUCCAGUGCUUGCGGCUGCUCAUAAGACACUGGUUUCUAAGUCAAGAGGUUCUCUGACCACCCGCACCCUUCAUUCAGAACUUGUGUACAAUUAUUCGGGUUCAAAGCAUAUUACAGAGUCUUUAAGAAGAUGUGGAAUUUCUGAUAGCUCCUCCUAUGUUCUUGCGGCUUGUUUUAAUACGUCUCCUGAUGAGGUGAAGGCCAUCGAGAAACUCGUACAUGGUAAAGAGAUCAACCUAGAGGAAUUGGGAGAGAGAGCAGACCAAGCUCAGAUACAAAAGCAUUUUAAAAUCACUGGACCAGAGUUGACGUUAUCUCCAGUUGGAGAGGCUAUAACAUGUAGAAUCGCUGCGCGGGAUGCAUUGUAGCUCCGAAAGUUGCAACUUCUUCUAUAUAUUUGGAGUCCUCUGUACGCGAAUGUGUUAAAUUGUUUGGACAAUCACUUUAAGGUUGGUGAUGUCGUUUCAAUUUUUAUAGAAUUUUCAAAUUUUUAAGCUGUGGAUUUUUUAUGGGAAUUGAUGAAUUUACAAUUAGGUUGAUGUCUAAAUCUUUUUCACAGAAUGUUCAAAUAGUUAUGCCGUUGAUGUUCAGUGGAAAUUAAUUAAUCAACUAGCUCUUGUUGGGUCGUUGAUUUCUCUGUGCUGCCCAUCUGAACCUAACUUAAUGGGUAGAUGUGUUAUUAUAGUCUAUAUUUUGGAUGCAAAAUAUUAUAGUCUUGGUUUAUAAUAUUAUGUAUUUGUUGUGCAAAGUAUUUUAGUUUAUAUUGUAAUAGGUCUCUAUUUGGAGUGCUGGUUAUUAUAGUCUAAAUUAUAUUAGUUUGGGAUUU